AUGUCGGAUCUUCGUGUAACGACUAACCAAGCGCACGAUCCCGGUUUCUCCACGCUCUGUUUCUCAAGGGAUGGCAAGAGGCUGUACACGGGAGGCAAUGAUAGUUUGGUUCGCGUGUGGGAUACUGCGCUCGGCGCCGAGCAGGAGCCUCAAGUCCUAGGCGAAGCAGCUUUAGAUGUCAUGUCCAUUACUUGUUCGGAUUCGUCGUGUUACACUGCAUCAAAGGAUUCUUCUGUCCGACACUAUGACGCCAAUAACGAGUUUACCGAGCUUGUGGCCGAGGCUGCGGGACUCUGUGUUCGGUGUAUUGCUUUGAGUCCAGACAACCAGUGGUUGGCUGUUUGUACUGAGGAUACCAUUGUCAAAAUAAUCAACACGACAACGACCUCUCGAGUGGCGCUAUUGGAUGGUCACAAAAAGGGCGUAAGGUCUGCAACUUGGGAUCCCAAGGGAAGAUACCUUACAACAUGUGGUCAAGAUGGUCAGAUCGUUGUUUGGGACGUGAAAGAACCACUUCAAGCCUCACAGCUGAAAGUAAUUGAACACCUAAUACCUGCUGUUGUAGAUUCAGAAUCUCCAGAGUUUCAUUACAACUGUGCAGCGGUCUGGCAUCCGUCGGGAAUGUACUUUGCCACGGUUUCAGCGAGCCAUGAUAUUGUAUUUGUUUCGUCAAGUACGUGGACCAAGACCGAAAUGCUGAAAAAUGGGCAUGAUAGUGUCGCAACUUCUUUGGUAUUCUCCCCGAACGGAUCUUACCUUGCAUCUGGAGGGACGGACAACAAGGUUAUUGUUUGGGACUUGCUCGACAAGAAGGCCAAAUGGAGUACACCAGCAGGACAGCAAGGCAAGGCAGUUACAGCAAUUGGAUUCCAUCCUCGCGAAAAUAUGCUUGCAUGGAUGAUCGACGGAGCAUUGCAGCAAUGGAGCACGCCUGUACCUGCCUCGCACCCUCAUCCCUCUUCGACGAAAACGACGGUAUCUGCGCCCAAGACUACAUCUACUUCAAUGGUUGAUGAUGCCAUGGUUGAUGAUGACCUAGCGAGUGUCGAUGAUGAUUACGGAGACGAUUGGAUCGUAGACGACCUUGGAGAUGGAGCGCACCUUGACGAACCCCAAGAACCAGCGGCAGGAACCAAGGGAAAGUCAAAGAAGCAACGUCUUUCGGGAGACAAAGGUGGUGUUCGGGAGAUGGUCAAUAUCACCAAGGCUCAACCACCGUUCCAACCGGGUGCUACUGCCUUUAGGAAUAAGAAGAGAUACAUGGCAUAUAAUAUGAAGGGUGUAAUUGAAUGCACGAACCUUGAUGUUCACUAUGUGAUCAAUGUCGAGUUUCAUGAUAGGUCGUUCCACCAAAACAUCCAUUUUCAAGACGUGAAUCGGUUUGACAUUGCCAGCCUGGGUGAAUACGGCGUUGCAUUUGCAUGCCCUCCAGAUAAUGGUCACUUUGCGAUAAUAGAGUAUCGUCCGUAUUCAGAAUGGUCACCGAACGCUCAAUGGCAGUUCAAACUACCAGAGGGUGAACACGUCAUUGCGUUGGCAGCUGCUGGUACUCCCGCUGGACGAAUGAUUCAAAUGAGUGGAGGAAAGUACGAAGGUUUUGGUAUGGUCGCUGCUGCCACCAACAAGGGAUACAUUCGCUUUAUCAGUGGUGGAGGAGUACAGGAAUACAUUAUGAGCGCUGCUGGAGACGUUGUCUCUAUGACGGGUGGAAAGGAAUGGGUGUUUAUAGUUCACCGAGAAGGUGGAACGAGUCUGGAUGGCUGCCAAAACCUGCGCUAUUCGCUGGUCGCUGUCGACGGAUUCGACCUCGUCCAAGAGGGCCGUCUUCCCGUGCCUAGAGGAGAAACGCUUAAGUGGAUUGGCGUUACGACUGAAGGAACUCCUGCUAUGGCAGAUUCCUCUGGAGUCUUGUAUGUCCUCGAUCGUUAUAGGCGACCAACACAAGCCCGCUGGGUGCCGGUUUUAGAUUCAAAUAUGUUAUCUAGACGUGUUGGCAAAGACGAGACGUAUUGGCCCGUUGGUCUAUCAAGUUCACAGUUCCAUUGUAUUAUCCUCAAGGGGAGGGAAACUGAGCCUGGCUUCCCAAGGCCUUUGGUUCAAGAUCUUGAAGUACGAACUCCACUACUGAUCCCCGAGCAAGAGAGCGGCGAGCAAGAAGAACAGCUUUUCAGAGAAAUGCUUCAUCACACUGCGCUUCAAGACAGUCAACUUCACGAAGAAGAAGAAAGCGAAGAAGUCACGCGAGGAAAGCUUUCCAUCGACAGACUUAUUUUGAUACUUAUUCAAGGAGCCUGCAAGAGCGGACAGCAUGCGCGCGCGAUUGACCUCGCGUCCAUGCUGCGUUCCUUUGCUUCGAUCGAGAGAGCCAGUCAAAUCGCCGGGUUCUACCAUCUGCGGGGAUUGCAGGAACGAUUCAAUGCCAUGCGUGAAGCGCGUGAAGAGGAUGACGGCGCCGCCGAAACAAUCGCGCGAGAAUCAUGGGACCGCGCGAGUGAUGCGAUACCUGACAAGGUUGGACAGUUCAGUAGCAGCGGCCGCAGAAAUGGUCGGCAGCAGUACUUUGACGAGUUCGCGCCACCGCCGGUUAUUACACGGCGCUCAUUGGCCGCUGCCACUCCCAUUGUCGUGAACGAUGAUAUACCCGAGCCAUCGAGUAGCAUGGCAAUUGAUGAGACGUCUGCGCCUACAGAGGCGAAACGGAAACGACCUGAAGAAGAUACUUGGGACAUUGAGAUGGAAGACGAUGGCGCAGACUUUAAGAGGCAAAAUGUCCAAAAAGUUGACGCGCCGAAACUUGGCGCCACCAAAUCUAACAGUGGGAAUCCCUUCGCGCGCAAGGCUACUGGCAACCCUUUUGCGAAGAAAGCAGCGCAAGCGACGGCCCCGGCAACAAAAAGCACAAGCUUUUUUGAUAAAGUAGAUGCAGCUGAAUCCGCUGGACCCAAACGAGGCGCUAAAUUUGCUCCCAAAGCAACCUCCCGUCAGACCACUCUGUUCGGGAUGUCUGCGAAGAAUGCAAGCUCAGCUCAGUCAAACUCACAGUCAGAAACGAAUGAUGGGGAAACCCAGCUCGAGGAUCCUGAACAGACACAGUAG